UACCUUUUCUGAAUAAAACUCUGACGUCUCUGACAUCCAUCACCAUCAUCACCAUCAUCAUCAACAACUCCAUUGCUUUUGUCACCGAACACAUGCAUCAGAGGCCAUGACCCAUGAAGGAUUACGGCACAUUAAAGGCCUAAACAUUUCUUAAUAGAGGAAGAAGAAGGAGAAAUAAUGGAAGAGAGCAUGGAUCACCCUCUUCUCUCUUAUUCUUCUCUAAGUCCUCCUCUCAUCAAGCGCAUGUAUAUGGGUCAUUUCCUUGCGAGAUGGGGAGCAAGAAUGUGGGAAUUUUCUGUUGGCUUGUACAUGAUAAAUAUUUGGCCGGAUUCUUUGCUAUUUACUGCCGUUUAUGGCGUAGUGGAAGCUGCUUCUACAGCAUUAUUUGGUCCUCUAAUUGGAAAAUUGGUGAACCAGUUAACUUAUAUUCAGGUUCUUCGACUUUGGCUGUUGACCCAGAAUCUAUCAUUUUUAGUUGCUGGAGGAACAGUAAUUGCUCUAUUGGUCUGUGAUGGUUUUCGGUUUAGUGCACCUACAGUAUUUAUGCUGCUUGUAGCUGUAACUAACAUUUCUGGGGCAGUAGGUGUGCUCUCUACUCUUGCAGGCACUAUAUUGAUUGAAAGAGAAUGGGUGGUCGUAAUUUCUAAUGGACAGCCUCUAGAGACGCUGACAGAAAUGAACUCUGUAAUCCGAAGGAUUGAUCUAAUAUGCAAACUAUGUGCCCCUGUUUUUACCGGCUUCAUAAUUAGCUUUGUAUCCCUCAAAGCAUCAGCAAUAUUUUUUUCACUAUGGAAUAUUGUAUCAGUUUGGUUAGAGUACUGGCUUCUAACAUCCGUGUACAAUGGUAUCCCUUCUCUUAGUGAAAGCAGCCAAAGGAGGAUUACUAAACACGUUCGAACCCGAUCCUUGGAAAGUGCAUCAGCAAUUGAGGAGAAUGAGAGUUCAAGAUUGGUGUUAGAAACAUCUGGUUGGAAAAGGAGAAUUAGUGGAAGGCUCUCGAAGCUUCCGUGCUUUGACGCUUGGAUUGUGUACGCAAAGCAGGAAAUAGUGCUACCAGGAGUAGCUUUAGCUUUGCUUUUCUUUACAGUCCUCAGGUCAGUAUCCUGAAGCUCUGUUGAUUUUUAGUAAUAUAUACCGAGA